UUAAUUAAAUUUAAAUAAACAAAUAUUGGUUACGUACAUUAAAACACUUUUUGAAAGAAAAACACAAUGUCGGAUGAUGAAGAUCUAAUUUAUAUUAAAAAACAAAAAACCAUUCAUUAUGGGUCGCUGGAAGAACAAGAACGAAUGCGACAAGCGGCUGCCGCAAGUAAAGCAACUGAAAAUUUGGAAGAUACAGAUAUGGUUGUUUCAGUACCUAGUCCACAAGUUCACACAUCAAAUGAAUAUAUCGACCUCGAAGAUGCAAUGUCCAAAGAUAAACAAGCCUUACUUGAAGAAUUUGAACGACGAAAAAAAGCUAGACAAAUCAAUGUAUCUACGGAUGACGCCGAGGUUAAGAAAAAUUUACGGCAGCUAGGUGAACCAAUUUGUCUUUUUGGAGAAGGACCCGCCGAACGAAGACAACGGUUACGAGACAUUUUAUCUUGUCUAGGUGAAGAUGCCAUUAAAAAGAAAAUUGAAGCUGAAGAAGAAAGAAUACAGCAAGAGAAAGAUCAAGAAACAACUUGGUAUCAUGAAGGACCUGAAUCACUUUUAACUGCACGGUUAUGGAUUGCAGAUUAUUCAUUAGCACGAGCUAAAUUACGAUUAGAAGAAGCACGACGAGACUUAGAACUUCCUGCUGCCACGCGAACAGCUCGUACUCAAGAUAUUCAAAAGAAAUUAAACGCAAUGACAAUUUAUAGUAGUCAAGUUGGCGAUACUAGGCCAAUUUCAUAUUGUAGUUUUAAUCCUGAUUCUACAAAAUUAGCUACUGCAUCCUGGAGUGGACUUUGUAAAGUAUGGACCGUACCGGAUUGUGAAUUAAUUCAAACAUUACGUGGACACACAUGCAACGUUGGAGCAGUUAUUUUUCAUCCUAAAUCUGCUGAAACUGAAAAUAUUGUGUGCACAAUGGCAUCCUGUUCAAGCGAUGGUUCUGUAAAAUUAUGGAGUUUCAAAAGUGAAGAACCAAUAGCAAAUAUUGAAGGACAUGAACCACAUCGUGUUUCUCGCAUACAGUUUCAUCCAUCAGGUCGAUUUCUUGGAACAUGUUGCUUUGAUUCAUCGUGGCGAUUAUGGGAUUUAGAACAAUGUACUGAAGUAUUGCAUCAAGAAGGACACUGUAAAGCUGUGUAUUGUAUGAGUUUCCAGAUUGACGGGUCUGUCUGUGCAACAGGUGGGUUGGAUUCAUUUGGUCGUGUUUGGGAUUUACGAACAGGACGAUGUAUAAUGUUCAUGGAAGGUCAUUUAAAAGCCGUAUAUGGAGUUGAUUUUUCCCCCGAUGGCUAUCAUAUUGUAACAGCAAGUGAAGAUAACACAUGUAAAAUUUGGGAUUUACGUAAACGUGCUAUUGUUUAUACAAUACCAGCGCAUACAAAUUUAUUAUCUGAUGUGAAAUUUCAAAAAACUGGUGGACAUUAUUUGGUUACAUCCUCAUAUGAUAAUACGGCUAAAAUAUGGACAAACAGAACAUGGCAACCAUUGAAAACAUUAUCUGGACAUGAUGGUAAAGUGAUGAGUUGUGAUAUAUCACCCGAUUCACAAUAUAUUGCUACGUCUUCGUAUGAUCGAACUUUUAAAUUAUGGGCACCCGAAUUUGUUUAAAUAAAAUAAUAUGUUUAAGAU